UCUUCCAGAGAGCGCGGAAUUUCAUUUUUUUUGCGAUGUCAGUGAGAGCCGUCAAGCUACCUGACUAGCUGGAUACAUCUCUGUGGGCUGAACGAUUAAAAAGACAAUGGAUAGAUACGUACUAGUAGUUAGUUUAAAUCUAAAGGAACAACGCAGCCAAGUAGUGAAUUGCUUUUCAGGACUGGAAAGAGCCAAGCAGAUAUACGGCUCUCUCAAAGACAUCACCAUUUCCAACUCGACAACCAAGGGCUCUCCAUUUCCGCCCUGCUCUCUUGCUGGGACCCCUGUGUCACAGAGAUGGUACUUUGCCAUUCAAGCCAGCCGUGGGUCCUCACAGUUCUGCAGCAUAGAGUGGGAGGAGCUGGGGGCGGGGUCCCAUAAGAGUGACAGCGAGGAGCCAGGAGCCUCAACCAUGGAAGCAUGCCACAGUGCAUUAGACAAUCUGGGUGAGGGGGAGGACCUGGAGGAUGCUGGUUCACAAACAGAGCUGUAUGAAGAGGCAGCUGAAGGCCUGCACCAGUUGUCUGAUAAGCUUCCAGCCCCAGGAAGGGCUCUCCUAGAUGUUAUUUUAUUGGCCGCGGAUAAGGAAGCUCCCAGCCUGAAGGAGUUUCUCCCCGUCUUCGGCUCCCUGAAGCAUAUGCAAGUCUGGCAUUCCGCUAAGAUGACCAUAGUCACAGAGGACAGUGCUGGAUGGCAGAAAGCAGCCUCGUACCUGUCAGCCAUUACAUGUGCCCCCGACAGACUUCUGAAUUGCAUCGACGACAAGGAAUUCUGGAGGGGCGGCGUUCUUAUUAAAGAGAAAAAGUUCGCCUCAGAGCUACGGUUCGGCGGGUUUUGCCUGAAGGACCAGCGCGGCGGCCCGAGGAGCGAGGCGCUGCCUGCCGAACCCUCCCCGAAGCACACGGACCACAAGCUGCUCUCCGAGGUAUUCCACUAUUACCGGCCGGUCCUGGAUCUGGUCCAGUUUGUCACGGUCUCUGACCUUCCCAUCUUCCUCCUCUCCAGCACAGAAUACAAACUUGAGUUGUCUACUAAGUCAAGUAAAUCCAAACUGCUCCUGGACCAGCUGAGAACUCUUCGAGGAAAGGUGGGGGCGCUGUUCUCUUUAGCCUGCACGGUCAGCUGUCUGGCCGCCCCUCCUGCCGUGCAACUCAGCAGCCAGAAGUGGAAGGAGUUUGUGGCUCAGAGACCCAAGUCCUGGCCUGUUCCAGAUGUGGAAGUGAAAGGGGAGAGUGGCCACUACUUCCUGUUGGUGCAGGGGGCAGAGACUGGGGGUUGCACUGCACGGAUGAUACACUCAGCCAAUCAGGUUAACGGAGCUGCCGCCUUGGCAACUGUAAAUGGAAUCAUCAGAGAGAAGACCCAGUCAUUGUCAGGCACAGACACUGCGGACUGGCUGCGGUCCCUUCCGUGUCUCCGUGGAGACCAGCUGAUUCAGAGGGAGAAGAAGAUGGCGAAGGUGCAGAUGUUGGCCCUGAAGGAAUGCCUUCGCAGGAGAGAGGAGGUGCAGAAGCCGGCCUCGGUGCCCGUCAAUGACCUGAAGGUUCUACUGAGCCUGGCCCGCGAGCAGUACCUUCAGAUGCAUGAUUCCCGCCUGCCUAACGCAGCACGCCUGCUGGAGGAGAAGGAGAACUGCAGUAGCAAGGCUCCAGAAACGGUGGUGAAGAGCUCACAGUGUACAGGGUGGCCCGAGAGAAGCGUGCUUCAGAAUUCCGAGAACCAGCGGAAGAAGCGCCAGCGGACAAGGUCCAGCCUGAUGCUGGCGGGGGGCUCCACAGAGAGUCUGCUGGGGCCAAAGGAGGGCCAGAGAGUGACCCCCGCCCUGCUGGAUGCCCGGGAAUUGCUAAAGCACUUCACUCCAGAGGGGCUGCCCAGCGGAGAACUGCAGCCUCUGCAGCUGCACAAAGGGGAGCACACCUUCCAGCUGUCCCCAGACCUGACGCCCAGGAAAGUGUCCCAGCUCCCUUUCAACAAGGCGGCCAGUUCCCACUACCAUGGCAUAGAAUUCUGUCUGGAUGAACAGAAGGCUUUGGACCGUGACCGGGGCUUCGUGAAACUACAGAGCCGCCUCAUUCGCUACGAGACCCACACCACCUGCUCCAAGGAUCCCUGCCCCACCCCUUUCGCCCUCAGCCCUGCCCCCUCUCCAGCUGUGCUCUCCGAGCCGGGCAGCGUCCCAGACGGAGAGGCACUCCUUGCGGAUAUGAGGGGGGAGCCUCGCAGGCUCAAGCGCCAGUCCUGGGACACUGACAGCAUCUACCCGCCCAAAAGGUUGUGCAAGUCGGAGAGCAGCGAGUCCCUGGGCUCCCAGUGCAGCGGCAGCAGUGGGACCCACCCGGCCUUGCGGGCCUUAAGACAGCAGCGCCCCAGCUCCCAGUCCCACUCCGCGGGCCCCAGACGUGCCCCUGUGGCCCCCUCGGCCCCCAAGCAACCGGCCACCCAGGGCUUGCCUCAAGCCCCCUCCGGGGACCAGGCCGGCAAGGAGUCCCGCUCGCAGAAGCAUUCUAGGAUGCUGAAAGAGGUUGUGGCGAAAACGUUGAAGCACCAUGGGAUCACAGGUGAACACAGCAGCUUCGGUGCCUGCAGCCAGAGGCUUUACGAAAUAUCAAAGUUCUAUCUCAAGGAUUUGAAAACUUCCAGAGGUCUUCAUGAGGAAAUGAAAAAAGCCGCCAGCAGCAAUGCGAAGCAGGUUAUUGAUUGGGUUCUGGAAAAGGCCUCUGCGAAGUGAGGGAGGGGGGUCGUCUGCAGCGCAUGGUCACUGGUGUCCAAUGGGUUUCUUGGGCUCUGGGACCAUGUGGUCUCGUCACCAUGGCAACCAUUGCAGUACGUGCAAGUGUUUGUUUUUUUGUUUUAAUAUAUAUUUUAUUCUGUUUAUACAUUUAUCUGCAGUUUAUGUAUCUUGGCUUCUGGACAGGCAGACUUUUUGAAAGCUGAGAUAAAGAGAACUGUUAUGAAUAGUCUGCUUUUAAUAGAUUAAAUCAUGGCUGGAGUGAGAAAAUGCAGGCAGGGUCGAAGCAUUAACUGGAGGAGUACUCAAUGCAUUAUUUCUACUUUUAUGACUUAUAACUUUCUGUACAUAGUAGGUUCUCAGGGAUAUCCUUCGAGUAAAUAUGUCAUGUUCUAUUUCUGUGAUUGUCUGAAAUGUUUUUGUAUCUAUUUUUUUAAAUGUUGUCAUUAAAGUGUUUGUUUAAAAUAAUUAA